AUGGAUCGCAGCCUUGACGAAAUCGUCGCUGAGAAUCAGCAGCAGAAGCGUGACCCGCGACGCCGUGGUGGCAAUGGCGGCAACGGCGGUGGCCGCCCUCGAGAGCGAGACUCGUACCCGCGUGACGGUUCCACCAGAGACGAUUCGAGGAACAUGGAUUCGGAAUGGGUCCACGAUAAGUUCGAGGACAGUCAUUCCCAUGGCCGAUCUCGAAACUCGCGACGCCGCAAUUCGCCGGGCCCGUCGUCCCACAACGAGACCCGAGGCACCAAGAUCAAGGUCGAGAAUGUGCACUAUGAUCUCAGCCAGGGAGAUCUCAACGGACUGUUCAGCAAGAUUGGGCCACUCGUCAAGGUCGAGCUGGUCUACGACCGCGCAGGACGUUCGGAGGGCAUCGCUUUCGUCACCUACGAGGAGUACCAAGACGCCAAGGAGGCUGUGAGGGAGUUUGAUGGCGCAAAUGCCAAGGGUCAGCCUAUUCGCCUAUCAAUCAUGCCUUCAGGCCCACGCCGCAAUCCCUUCGACACUGCGCAGAUGCCCGGCCGAUCUCUAGCUGACCGGAUCACCGUGCCCUCGGGACGCUCGCGCUCCUACUCCCCUGGCGGCGACCGUGGCAUUGACCGCUAUAUUCCGGCUGGCGGACGCCGAUCACGCAGUCCCCUCCCCCGUAGACGGGGUGGAGGCAGACGGCCCGGCCAACAACGCGAAGGAGGUGGCCGAGGUGGCGCAGCUCGGGAUGGAGAGCGCAAAGGACGGGAAGGGCGGGAGGGACGACCGAAGAAGACCCAGGAUGAGCUCGAUGCUGAAAUGGCUGACUACUUCGGUGCAACGUCUGAGGCUCCGGCCGCAGCGGAACCCGCAGCUGCAGCCCAGGCUGGCGGCGAUGAUAUCGAUAUGAUUGAGUAA